AUGGCCUUCCCCCUCCCGCGGGGCAUCACGCCCCCGGAGAUCUCGUUUCUGGCCGAGAUGGAGAUGGUCACGAUCCUUCCGCGUCAACGUCUAGAGGGCCUGGAGCUGCUCGGCGGCCCCGUUGAACCACUCCUCCCACCCCGCCGAGCCACCCUCCCCCUCUGGCUCGCGCUGCUCCUCAAACGCCAACGGCGCGCAAACAUUCUCCCCCCGCCCUGGCUUCAUCCCGAGUCCCUUUCGCUCAUUCUGGACAUCGAGGCCCAACACCAGGACUACCAGAACGCGUUCUCCCCUCCGCCCCCUCUCCCCGGGCAGCCGAGUCUCAGCGAGCGCGGGCACCAAAGACCCGUAGCUACCCCUCGAUAUACCCCCGACGGUCAACGAUACUACCCCUCCUCGCCGUUUCUGCCCCAGAAUGUCGCGCAAGACCAUGUCCCUGCUGGGGAGCCGCCCGCGCUGCCGUUCCACUGGUUGGAGAUGGGCACGAUGUUGCUAGACGUCGCGAGCGAUGAUCUGGUGGAGCCAAAUACGGUGCGGCGGCUGCUGAAGGAGCUGCGUGAAGUGCGGACGGCGAAGAUCCGAUCCGGGACCGACGUGCUGGAUGCGGCUGCAACGGGCGGAGGUGGUGUGGCCCUGACCGGCGUCGGGGCAAUGGAGAUCGCCGAGGGGAGAGGAUUCAUUGCGGGUGUUGUGGAUGGACUAAGGCGUAUUGGCGCGUCCAAGGAACAAGCCCGAAGAGAGCAGAUGGCGGAGGACAUGGCCAACGGCGCAUAUGACGCGACGCAAGACGACGAGGAUGACAUGGAAUUCUAA